CCUCUGUGAAACGCGGAGCUCUGUACGGUGGCUGGGAGAGGACCCGGCACCGCCUACGGAACCACCUGCGUGUUUCCACGUGUUUGGCGAGCCGUUUCUGGAUUUAUCGCUUUAUAGCGACGUUUUUAUUUCAUUCAAAUGAAGCGAAGCAGAGAAGAAAGCGGAGAGGAGAGCGACGUGGACCGGGACUUUUUGGACCGAGUUCUGAACCAGCUGUAUGAUUUCGGAGACGGAGCGAAAGGCAAACGGUCAAAGAAAAAGCAUAAAAAAAAGAAAACGGGUAACGAUGAGGAGGACGCAGCAAUGGAGGAAGAGGCUUCUGAUGAUGAGGCUGGUAGUAUAAAUGACUCAGCAGACUUUAGUUUCACGAAUGGCACAAACCGUGAUGAGAGGAUCCCCGACCCCCGAGCAUCGUCAGACCCCACGUCCAAAAGCACGGCAACAUCAACAGUAGAGAUUGUUACUUUCCAGGAUCCACUAAAGAAGAAAAAAUUGAAAAAGGCGGUUGAACCUGAAGUUAAACCACCUGAAGUAAAAGCCAAAAAGAAAAAUGACGAAAAGGACCCAGACGACUUUCUAAGCAUAGAAAAGGCCCGGCUGGAGGUGCACCGGUUUGGAAUCGCAGGGUUUCAGAAAGAGCAGCAGAGAGUUUUUGAACAGGAAAGAGCCAUAAUGCUGGGAGCCAGACCUCCCAAGAAGGACUUUGUGAAUUACAAAUUAUAUCAGCAAAUGAUGAAGGAGAAGAGGGUGAAGGAAAAGGAGGAGGCGAAACAGUCGGAUACACAGGGAAAGAAGAGAAAAGGUGUAAAAUCGGGAAAACAGAAGACUGAGAAGUGCAAGUCCAGCUCCUCCAGCGGCGAGCCGACAGGACAAAUGGGGCGCUUUAAGAACGGCAUGCUGGUCCUGAGCCACAAAGACAUUCAGAAAUUAAAGGUCAAAGUGAGAAGAAAGUGACCCGCUGCCCUGACCUGCGUGAAUGUGACUGAGCCGGCACGGGGACUCGCGCUCCACCGCUUUUCCUUCAUCACUGUGGGAAUACGCAACAUGCCGCAAUGAAUUAUUUAGUGCCUGUUCCGUAAUUUUGAUGAAUAUGGGGACUGGAUGAAAAAUGUGCCUGUGUGUGCAAGAUUCAUAGUGUUUGUGCAGCACUAUAUGUAUAAAAAUGCAUUCUGUACAGCUCAGAGACAAAAUUAGUUCAUUUUCAAUGAAAGCGGCCGUUUAUCCAUUUUCUCAGGAUUUGGGAAAACAAGCAACACAAAUGAACACAGAGCCUCAACAACUAAAUAUAACACCACAUCUUUAUUACAGCUUCCAUUCUAUGCAGGAGACUCACUGACUUCCACCAAGUUCAUAAUUAAAUGGCUGAGUGGUCUGAUGUGAAAUGCUCUGUCCUAGAGGAACUUGCCGAGUAGAGUCGUUUACAGUGGUGGCGAUAGGAACCAGACGUCUGAAAAGCUUAACUGCUUUAACUGCUUAAGACUUCGUCACACAGUUAUUACGUGGGAUGCUUGUGUGUACAUGAAGUCUUGAGACAGACCUUUGGCCUAUAAUGUGUUUUCUUUCCAUACGUUAACGGCACAAAUGAAAAUGCACUGUAAACCAAAACAGUCCAUCAUCCUUUUUAUGUCAUCGUUACAUAUAAAAAUCAAGACGUCAGAACACCGGGUUCCUUUCUCCACCACUGUAAAGACAUCACAGAGUCAGUUUCUCUAAAAUGAAUCUUAAUUUCACAGCGAACCACUCGGCUCGACUUGGUUUACCUUGCUGAGUGAAUUUUGCUGAAGUUCUCCUCUCAGACAUGAACGCUGUACGUGCUGUUUAUGAUGGAGACAGUUUGGGUGGUCUAACAGUUGUUAUGUGGUUGUAAUGUAAUAAUGGCCAUUUAGACUCAAUUAAAGGGCCCACAUCAUGAUGAUUAACA